ACUGAAAUGCUUAAUGAAAGAAAGAAAAAUCUCAUUGACCAAGAAAGGAAUAAUUUUCUCCAACAAUUAAAAAAUUUGGCUGGUUGGAAUCUGCUUGGUGAGGAACGUCAAAACGAGAUUAUUGAGGAAAUGAAAAGAAAUAGAACUACCGACCAAUUUUCGGACGUUCUGGAAAUGACGAAAAAAGAAAUAGCAAAAAUAAAGGGUGGUAAUGAAAAUGAUACAAGUCUCGACGCUGAAAUCCGAAAGGCCAUCUCGGAAAUCGAAGUUGAAUUAAACCAGGAACCUAAAAUUACGCAAAAAAUCUUAAAUGAGGCUAUUCAAAGAAUUAAAAAUGCUUUGAACCAGCAGCCGGUCAUUGAAAAUGGAGAAUUAAGAGAAAUCAAACAAAAAAGAGCCAAAAAAGAAAUCACUGGUAAAUUGGAUGA